AUGGCCGAUUUCUUAAAACCAAAUAAAACCAAUCCUCGUGGGAUACCAGAGGCUCCAUUUAUAGACAAAGUUGAAAAUGUGGUCAAGAAUCCCGAAACUGAUUUUGAAAUGAUAAUGCAAAUGUUUCAACAAAGGCUUCAACAAUAUAAAUAUAUGGAAUUAUCCAAAAAGCAGCAAAUGGCUGAUUUGAACACUAAAAUCCCCGAUAUUGAGAAGAAUUUAGAUAUAGUAGGUCAUUUAAAAGAAGCCAAAACCGACGCGGAAGAAGAUGGAGAAGAUGAAAUAGAAACUAAUUACGAAUUGAACGAUACUUUAUAUACCAAAGCAACUGUUGAUGUUAAUAAAUUGGAUUCUGUAUAUUUGUGGCUUGGUGCUGAAGUCAUGCUCGAAUAUUCGUUAGACGAAGCAACCGAGUUGUUGAAUGAAAGAUUAGAAAAGAAUAAGGAACAAUUGCGAAUUGUUAAAGAAGAUAUAGAGUUCUUGAGGGAGAACAUAACAACCAUGGAAGUUAAUACCGCGAGAUUAUAUAAUUGGGAUGUUGAAAGAAGAAAGAGGGCCAAGGCUUAA